AUGAAAAUAAUUGUAGUGAAGUUUGUGUAUUUACAUAAGAACAUUACUUCUGUGUUGUUUGUUGCGCAUUAUGUAUAUGCAAGUAUACAUUAUUUUGUCAUGGUUAACUAAUAUUAGAAAUUGUUUUUACUGCAUUGAAAACGUCUUGUUGUCACUUUAGUCCGGGAGUGAAUCAAGGCAUGGCCUGAUUCAUCAAAAAAGCUAUUAUCAUCUGAUUUGUCCUUCUGUAAUGGUUCAAUUCUUCUGUAAAUUUCUUCCAAAUAUUUACGUUUAGCCAAAGAAACUAUUUUUUUUGUAAAGCAUACUUCUCUUUCUGUUUGUUUUAAUGACGUCUGGUUGUUUUUCAAGAUACAUAACUCUUAUUCUCCUUUUUUCCUCCUUUCGUUCCUUUUGGAUUCUGCAGGUAAAAUAUGGCAAUACUCUCAGGCGUUUCGGUGUCAAUGUCCAUGGGCUACACAUUGAUCUUGAUAUUAAUAAAUUGAGGACAAAGAUCCUCACUCUUUUCAAGCUCGAUCCAAAUGCCAAUAUUAGUCUUACCUACACUGAUGAAGAUGGUGAUUUGGUGACGCUUGUUACUGAUGAGGAAUUGCAUGAUGCUGUUGUUGGGCAGCGUUUGAAUCCACUCAGGAUAAAUGUGGAGUUGAACACUGAUUCCACUGUUAGACCGCCUGCAGAGCCUUCGGGCGCUUUCACAGGAACUGCCACUGAGGGAACUCAGGCAAAACAACUGAGUUAUGCUGUUAAUGAAGCGCUGAAAUCAGUUCCAGACCCACUCCGCAGUGUUCUUUCUAGAAUUUCCCAUGAUUUUGCUUCCAAAGCUGCUGAAACUGCACCGGCUCUUGCCGAAUUUGUGGAAUAUUUUUCGAAGCUGGGAUCAUCCCAUACCACUACAAUUAUUGAUGCUCUGAACAAUCCAGACUUGGUGAGAACAAGUGCUGAUAGAGCGGAUAGCCAGGUAGAUCCUACCAACAAUGGCACGGCUAAGCCACAUUUGGAUGACCCAAUUCCUCAGCAUGUGUUUUUUGGGAGUUCUAGCCUUGAUAAGAAUGCUUUCACCAAGAACAUUACAGAGCACUCUGGAAUCAGUAAAAACACCCCCCAGCAAAUUCCCAAACCAAUUUCAGAUCUUGAUUUGGGCAGGCCUGAGCUUUUAUCUCUCAAAGAAUCAUUUUCAACAGCUUGGAUUGCUAACAUGGAAGAAUCUGAAAAGGCUUCUUAUGAUCAAACUAAUGGAUUGUCUGCGGCGGUGGCCGGUUCAGCACCCCCUGUUGGUCAAGCAGCCCAGGAUUCUCAGAACAGGGACAUAACCAAACAAUCUUCUCCUGUGACUUAUCCUUCCCUGACUGCUGAUGACUUCCUUAAUGAGGUCAUAAGCGUUCCACGUGGUGCAUCUCCUCAGACAGAUCCGGCAGUGAAUAAUCAUAUGGGUGCACCUGCUCCUCCUGAUCAUAUUCCCCUCAGUGGUCCUUUCCGGGCUUCAUCUCCCUGUCGAAGGGCUUUUGGUCACCAUGACAGCACUCUCCGAACAUUUCACCGUGGUGUGGUGUGUGAUGGCUGUGGAAUGAAUCCAAUCAUGGGCCCUCGGUUCAAGUCCAAUGUGUAAGAACACCAGCCUUCUCUGCACACUCUCUCUCUCUCCAUUAAAAUGGAUGGUUGACUACUGCUUAGUCUUCUGUUUGGUCGUUGAUGGACCCAUUCUGAUUUGCAGGAAGGCAGACUACGACUUGUGCAGCAUAUGCUUCUCGCAAAUGGGCAGCGAGGCUGAUUACACCAGGAUCGACCGAGCACUGUACCGACCCCCAAGAUUCCCAAAGGACUUCCAUAAUCAUGUGCUCGCUUUAUCCAGCCUCAUCAUCUACUAUGUUGCUGUGUGUGUCCUGCUUUCUAACUCUAUUCAUCUUUCGGAUUGCAGCACUCUCGCAUGCAUGGGUUCCCGGGCUGCCGAGGUCCUGGUUACAGGCUGCUCAAAGCAAAACUUGACAGUCGCUUCAUCCAAGAUGUGACUGUUAUGGAUGGGACUCCAAUGGCUCCGCUGACUCCUUUCACCAAGAUCUGGAGGAUGCGCAACAAUGGAACCGUAGAGUGGCCUGCAGGAACGCAGCUCAUGUGGAUUGGAGGCGACCGAUUUUCAGACAGAGUCUCUGUCUUGUUGGAGGUUUGUAGGUCAACGUUCACAGCUGAUUUAUUUUCAUGAUCCAUGAAUUUUGCCUAUAAGGAAGAUAAAAGAUGAAAUAUCGAUCCAUGGGGACUAUUGAUUAAUGAUUCAUGAUUAUCCACAGUUUCAGUCAUAGAAAAUGUCUACUCCACACGUUUAUGAUGACUUAAAGCUUCAUGAUUUAUGCAGAUCUCCCAGAACGGUCUUCCUGUGAGCAGUGAAAUCGACAUUGCCAUUGACUUCAGAGCGCCUCUGAGGCCUGGGCGUUACAUCUCCUACUGGAGAAUGGCGUCACCAUUCGGGCAGAAGUUUGGUCAACGUGUUUGGGUCCUCAUUCAGGUGAACCCUGGCCCUGCAAAAGAGCCUUCAUCCUCAUAGGAGCUUUGUUGCGUUGACAUGGGAAUUUCCUCGGCGAUCUCUGUUGCAGGUUGAUGAGUCACGCCCAAAUUCAGCCGGCGGCACUGCUCCGCAAGAACUGAACCUAAACCUGCCCCCAGAAUCUGUGGAGGCGUCGGGCUUGGGAGCUAUCGACAUGAAUGCUGAGCCGGUAGAGAUGGUUCCAUCUGUGGCGGUGGUUGAUCCUAGCCUAGGCAUGGUGGAGCUGAUGAAGCCUAACGUCGAUCUCCUGAACCAGGCUGCCGCACUGGCCGCCCUGCCCCGUGGCAGCCAUGGUGGGUUCCCCCCCCCAUGGAAUUACUCUGCGCUGCCGGUGGCGGCAGCCACCACUGUGCCACCGCCUGGUGGAGCAAUGCCGGGGGAGACGUCCACUGGAGACAAUUCGAUCGAGCAGGCCCUGCUGAAGGAGCUGGAGGAGAUGGGCUUCAAGCAGAUUGAAGUCAACAGGGAGGUCCUCAGGUCCAACGAGUAUGAUCUCGAGCAGUCGGUCAAUCAGCUCUGCGGCAUUUCUGAGUGGGACCCAAUUCUUGAAGAGCUGCAAGAGAUGGUGAGGGAUCUUCUUCCUGCCGCACCCCCAAAGAUUGAAUACCAGUUUAACUAACCCUCGCGAUUUCCAUGGUUUUUAGGGUUUCCACGACAAGGAGAAGAACAAGAAGCUGCUGGUGAAGAACGGAGGGAGCAUCAAGCGGGUAGUCCUCGACCUCAUCGCCGGAGAGAAGGAAUAA